AUUUCCAGCAUCACACAUUCAGUCACACACACACACAAACAGCUAUCUUGUUUUGUCCUCUGCAAAGUGGUUGGGUGUGCAUGCAACUACUGACUGAACAAGGGUAGAGGAAGAUAGGAGGAACAGACAACACCACAGGCAUCUUGUGUUUUUUGGAUACAUAUACAAAGCUUGGUGAUCUGAAUCCUGAAUCAAGCUGAGGAAAGUUACUAGGAUCAAUCGAUCCAAGAGGAUUAGCUGAAGCAGAUGAUGAGGAUGGAUAAGCUUGUGAGGCAAUGUGACAUGGAGGUGAUGAAGAUGGCCAUGCUCAAGCAUGAGGAGACCUUCAGACAGCAGGUUCACGAGCUGCAUCGCCUGUACCGCAUCCAGAGGCAGCUGAUGAGCGACCUGACCAUGGCCGAGCUGAGCUCCGGCCGUCGCCGGCAGCCUCGCCGGAGCAAGCAGCCGCGCCGCGCGCUGAACCUGCAGCUUCCCGCCGACGAGUACAUCGUCAGCGCCGACGUCGACGACGCCGGCGACAGCGACACGGCCGAGCUGCUGGACCUGACGCUGGCCGUCGGCGGCGGCGGAAGCUCCCGCAAGUGCCACAACGCCGCCGCAGCGGCGGCGGCGGCUGCCUCCUCCCCCUUCGCCUCCGACUGCUCCGGCAGCAGCACGGGCGGCCUCUCGUCGCCUUCCUCGGCCGAGUACUCCGAGGGCGCCACGUUCCUCCACGCGCCGCCCAUGCCGCCGCCGCCGUGCCAGCGAGCGAUGGCGUUCGACCUCGGGAUGGGAGAGGCCAUGAAGCAGCAGCAGUCGCCAUGGCUGGUGCAGUGCCAGUACCUCAGCCUCAGGAUGACAUGAACUCCAAGAAGCUCAAGCUCAAGCUUAAGCUGUCCAUGUCCAUGAUCACACUGUACUACUACUGCUGCUGCUGCUACUAGCUUAGCUGCUUGUGCUUGUAGAAGAAGAGCAAGAAGAAGAAGAAGCUAGCCACUAGCUUAAUCAUUUCACUCCUCCUACUGUUAAUUAAUUUGUCCUAGCUAUCUUGGUGACCAGGUGCAAUUUGGGCAGGAGGUUAAACUUAAUUCCUCCUAAUCCUGAUCCCAAAUUGUCCUUAUGAUCAUCAUCACCAUCAUUUGAUCUUGGCUAAUGAGUGGAUGCUGAUUGAUUUGUGUCUACUAAUUAGAUAGCCUCAUGGCAUGUUCUGAUGCUGUUCAUGAUUUGCAGUGACACAUUGGAACAUUAUUGAUUGCACAGUUGCAUGCAUGGUUGCAUGGAUGCAAAGGUA